GGUGAAGGCGUCAGUGUUUACUGAAGGCGUAGAAGAUCACAGGACGUCUACUUACAGCGUUUUUACUGACGCACCUGAUCAGGAAGACUCGACACAAAACGUUACGGUUGCUUGAGCAUCUGCCAUCAUGUCUGAGAGUGAGAAUGAAGAGGCUUUCUCUUUGGAGCUUACAUGUCCCAUUUGCCUACAGCUAUACUCUGAGCCAGUUUCUCUUCCCUGCGGUCAUAUCUACUGCUUUUCCUGUCUUGAGACCAUGGGAGAAGGACUCGAUCAACACAACUGCCCUGAGUGCCAUUCUGAGUACCAGGGACCCAAUGCCCUUGUGAAAAGCUUCAAAAUGUGUAAUACUGUAGAAGCCGACAAAGCCCCUACUGGGAAAAUCAUCCUUCCUGCAAGCCCUUCUGAUGUCAGUCAUGUAACAGUCAAAAGUGAUCAUAGCUCUGUCACGGAGGAGUCCAACGCGAAAUACCACCAAGACCAAGCAACAGCUGGAGAGAUCCAAGAGGAGAGUGGAGACUGCAAAGCAAAGGAUGGUUUUCAGAUUGGGUCUGGGUCCACAGAGCAUCCCUUUUCUGUGGAUCAGGAAAAAGGUGAUGCCAGAGGCAAAAUGGAUCUGGAUGAACCUAAGUUUAAACUGGCAUCUCAAGUCACUGAGCUGAACCUGAAGUUAGAGGUGGCAGAGGGCGUCCUUAGGAAAGAAAAGGAAUUGGAGUUCGAGGUAACCACUGCUAAUGCCCAGCUGAGAGACAAAGCUUCCAGUCUGUUAGGGAAGAUAAAGGAGUUGUCGCAGAACUACAUUGAGGGAGUGACACAGAUGAUUGAAGAAGAGUUAGGUCCAGGUGAGGCCAUCAUAUGCUCUCGGGUCAGUCAGGCCUCUGAGCUGACUGAGCAGCUGAGGCAGGCUUUGCAAAGAGCUGAAUCCCUUCUCAAAGAAGAAGAUGGGGCAGCAUUUAGUGAAGAGCUCCAACGUUUGCAACCACAAAUUGCGGGUUUGAUUGCAACACAAGUGGAAGAAGGGGAAGGUUUUGUUGACACAAAAGUCAACCUUGCACAGACUUGCCCCAAGCUGGAAAACAUGAAUGCCGAGCUGAGGGAAAGACUCGGAGAAAUUCAGCGCUCUCUUCGAAACACCCUCAACCCUUCUGAGAUCACCUUUGAUCCAGAAACAGCCCAUCCUAACCUUGUUCUCUCAGAGGACUUGAAAACGGUCACUUUCAGUGCCGUCAAACAGAACUACCCAUCCUCUCCUAAGAGGUUCACCAGCUUCUUCCAGGUCCUCAGCAACCAAAGCUUCUCUGAAGGUGAUCAUUGCUGGGAAGUGGAGCUGGAAGGAGCACCUUGGAUCAUUGGUGUGUGCUACAGUGGGAAACUAGAACGCAGCGGGGUGCCAUCUGCUCUGGAAAGCAGCCAAAACUCUUGGUGUCUGAUGUGGUUCAACAACCUGCUAACAGCCUUUGAGAAGAGUCACAGUGUGCCUCUGAAGAGGACAACAGUGUCACGCAGACUUGAGAUCAAGCUGAGCUUCAAGACCCACAGGCUGAGCUUCUACAACAUUAGCCCUACCAGUGGAAAAACUCACGUGUAUACAUUUAAAGCUAACCUGACUGAACCAGUGCACCUAGCCUACAGGAUGAUGUCAGGUCACCCAAAAGGCCGUGUCACAAUUUAUUCAUAAUUGUAACAACAAUUUUACAAACUGUACAUAUAAAAAAGGAGUUGAGCGUUCAAGUUAAGACUCGUACAUUAAAACAGUUUUGCCUUCCUAUGAUGACAUAGGGAUGCUUCUCAAUUCAGUAUUGAUGUAAAAUCAUUGAUAUGAAUGAAAUACUUGUUGCAGAAUGACUGAAACAGUGCACAAGUGCAGAGCUCAGAAGUAUAUGUGGAGAAAUAUAUUCUUUACUCUAGGAUAAUGCAUGGCUAAUGUAAUCUAAACAAGGAAAAAACGCUUUGAAAUGAAAAUGUGUUUUCAAAGAUGUUUUUCACUUUAACAUGACAAAUAAACACCUUACAAAAAUCGCCAUCAUUCCAGGUUUCAUAAUAUAUUAUCAUAUAAUUAGUGUUCACAG